AUGGGUGAUCUUGUAAUGAAGAGUUCAAGCGGUGGCGUUUUGGUGGAGGAUGGCCCUUUGGUUUUCGGGCUUGGUUCGAUUUCUGGGUCGGGUCGCAGACAACCUGAUCCGGUUUCAAUAAACGAUGAGUGUUUUCUAGCGGCGGAGGAAGCGGCAGAGCAAGUGAUGAAUUGCAUACACCCAACUCUUGACUCAGAGGAGAAUAGAAAAGACGUAAUUGAUUACGUACAGAGGCUCUUAAAGCGUCAUCUUGAUUGUGAGGCUUUUCCCUAUGGGUCUGUCCCCCUGAAGACGUACUUACCCGAUGGAGAUAUCGACUUGACCGCACUUAAAAUUCUUAAUGGCGAGGAAUCUUUGGCACGCAAUGUUCUUGGUAUUCUGCAAGGAGAGCAGCUAAAUGAAAAUGCAGAGUAUGAAGUGAAGGAUGCGCAGUUCAUAGAUGCUGAGGUGAAAAUUGUGAAAUGCCUUGUGCAGAACAUUGUGAUCGAUAUUUCUGUUAAUCAGCUUGGAGGACUUUCUACACUCUGUUUCCUUGAGCAGGUUGAUCGCCAUGUUGGGAAAAAACAUCUCUUCAAACGCAGCAUUAUUUUGGUAAAAGCUUGGUGCUACUAUGAGAGCCGUAUUCUUGGCGCACACCAUGGCUUAUUAUCCACUUAUGCUUUGGAAACACUUGUCCUAUAUAUAUUCCAUCUAUUUUAUUCAUCCUUGAAUGGUCCUCUAGAGGUACUCUAUAAAUUUUUGGAAUAUUUUAGCCAAUUUGAUUGGGAGAGCUACUGCAUAAGCUUGAAAGGGCCCGUUUGCAUAUCAUUACUUCCGGAUAUAGUGGUUAAGAUGCCAGAGAAUGGGCGGAAGGACAUGAUGCUUAGUGAAGAAUUUUUAGAAAAAUGUGUAGGAAUGUUUUCAGGUUCCACUCAGAGUCUUGAGACAAUCCCAAAAGCAUUUCAGCCUAAAAGUCUUAAUAUAUUUGACCCGCUGAAGGAAAAUAAUAACCUUGGACGUAGCGUGCACAAAGGCAAUUUCUACCGUAUACGUAGUGCUUUCAAAUAUGGGGCUCGCAAGCUUGGUCAAGUUCUAUUGCAACCGAGAGAUAAAGUUGCUGGUGAGAUCUAUGAAUUCUUCUCAAAUACUCUUGCAAGACAUGGGCAAAGGCACGCUAGUGUUAUCGAGCAUUCAGCCUUAGUAUUUGAAGAUGAAGAGUCCCUGACUGCAUCUUUAGAAUCCUCUGCCGAAUUAUACUCUGAAGAUGGCAUGCUUCUAAGAUCAUCUGUCAGUGAGUUUGAUAAUGAUAGUAUAGGGGCUGAAGACAGAUGCACUUUGGAGUUCAGAAAUGAGGUAGAGAGAUGCUCGAUGAGAGACACUUCAAAGAUAGAAUCAGAAACAUGCUCCUCAGCCAAUGGGCUUGCCACUUCAGGACACCAUCUUGCAGGGGAUGCAUAUGACCUUGCUACAUCUAAUUCAUCUUUGAGGAUUGAAUAUAACACAUCAGAUUGUACAUCAAGCAGCAAUAAUAGUGCAUCUCUCUUGGGGAAACAUAAAUCCCGUUACUUUGCUUCCAAAUCAUCUGUAGAAAAUGGGAGCGUAGCAAGUGGGAACUUUCACGAAGGUGACCUAUCAAAUAGUACUCAUCAGAAGUUUGAAUUAACUUCGUGGCUGGAGAGAGGGGUGAAUCAUGGGAAAAUGAAUAAUACAUACAGAUGGUGUAUGGACAAUUUUGAGGUCAACCAUACAACUUUCUCGGCUUCUUCUAGUCCAAAGGCCAGUAAUUUUGAAAAUCCAUCCCUCGGUUAUGGGGAAAUUGAUCUCUUUAGUGUAGCAGGAGAGUCUGAUGUACCUUUGAACCCUUUGGCAGACCUCAGUGGAGAUUAUGACUGCCAAAUUAGGAAUUUACUAUAUGGUCAACUAUGCAAUGGGGUUUAUUUGUCUUUUCCUUCAUCCAAUCCUCCUCCAUUGCCUUCUAGGAUUCAAAGUAAGCAGUGGGAUACCGUUUGGCAACCAAUGCCACUGCUCAGAUCGAGUCAGUUUUCCCAAAUGAUCUCAAACACAAUGUUUCCGGGACCACUUACGUGUCAUGGUAUUGAUACUGCCUUGCUCACUGCUGCUUUUGGUUCUGAAGGAAAACAAAAGGCACGAGGAACCGGAACUUACUUUCCUAAUAUGAAUGGUUCUUCCAGGGUGAAGCCUUCACAUGGGAGGGGAAGGAAUAAGCAACUUAGAAAUUGCAAUCAGUUUCGGGGACACAACUGCAGCAAUGGAAAUGUAUUAAGUUCUUCUUCGUGGAAGUCGAAUUCUUAUGAAAAUGGUACGCGUGAAUUCCUACCUGCAAGCAGCAGAUUUCAAGGCCAAGGAAAAUCUGAUGUAUGCUGCCAGUCUCCUCGUUCAGUGAAAGAUGAUAACCAUAUAAAUGGUUUUGAAAAUGCAUUAUUUAAAAUCGAGUUUGGAUCUUUAGGGAGCCUGGCCGAAGAGGUGGUUUCGGGUUUAUCUUGUGCUUGGGACUCGACUCUUAGCAUCUCAACGGGAGGUCGGGAUUCAACAGCAGUGAUGAAGCAAGAAAGGGUUACAGAGCGGUCACUCCACCUUAAGAAUGAAGAUGAGUUUCCCCCUCUAUGCCAAUAA